UGGUUCCACGCGGCUGCACCGCCUCAAUAGACCCCGAUUUAGGGCGCUCGGAGGCUUGGAGAGGUAGCCUGACACUGACAAGUCGGUACGAACAACCCGAGCCCGAACUUGGCAUUCUCUCAACCAACUGAUUCUCCUGUCACCGUCAAUUUAUCUCGACCCCGUUGCGGUUUCAGAUUCCAUCCUCCCUCCUCUUCCCGGGGCAGAAGUCGACACAGCACUCCGCUACUUCUACCAAACAACACAGUCGCUCCUCUUCAGCAGCCACCAGCAAUCAUGAGCGCCGACCGCCAGACCAUCAUCGAGGUGAACCGGUCCCUCCGCAACAUCAAGAAUGAACUCGAGACCCUCCUCGAAAAGGGCGUGAUCGACGACGCCGUCUACGACACCAUCAGCAAUUCUCUCCCCGCCGAAUCGUCGCUGUCCGGUCCCCUUCGCACCGCAACCGGCUCGUCCAACCCCGUUCCCGCCGUCGCGGCACCCGCCCGAGCUCCCGCUGGCCCCCUCCCGACGAAGGCCGUCGAGAACCUCAAGAUCAACACACCGUCGCCCGGGCCGCCCGCCUACGACCAGACGCCCCCUCCCGGGCUUCCCGCACGCAACGCCAAGCCCGUCGUCGCCCAGGCUCGCGCGCUGUACCAAUAUGCCGCCUCGGACGGCCGCGACCUCUCGUUUGAGAAGGACGACCGCAUCAACGUCUACGAGUACAUGAACCAGGACUGGUGGAUGGGCCAGAACGACCGCACCAAGCUCGAGGGCAUCUUCCCGCGCAACUACGUCCUCGUCGAGCACGAGAACAAGGCCCCUGUGCCUUUGGGCCAGCCUCAAUACGGAUACCCGGCCCAGAAGCAAGGCCCGCCGCCGCAGCAGAGCCCGUACAACACACAUGUGCCACCCAUGGCCAUCGCUGAAGGAUCGUCGAACAACCAAGGUCAAGAGGGUAGUGACAAAGCUGAGAAGGGCAAGGAGAUGGGCAAGAAGUUUGGCAAGAAGCUGGGUAACGCUGCCAUCUUCGGUGCUGGUGCCACGAUUGGUGGCAACAUUGUCAACAGCAUUUUCUAAGCCAUAGACAUGAGGGAGGGAAUGACUCGGGCGGCUUUAAUAUGGGGAUCGCCUGGGCUUGGGCAAUUUAGUUGGCGUUCUGGGACAUCUGAUGGGUUAGAUCGACUUGCUUAUGUCUUCAUACAUAUUCUCUUGAGGGAGAAGGAAAAUACACAGUCCCUUCUGUUGGGAUACUCAAAGUUUAGAGAUUGAUUACGUUCAUCCCUCGAUUAUGACUAGUAUAAAAAACAUAUAGAUAAUCUCGGAGGCCGAGAGAAGCGUAAUUUCGAUCC